AUGAAGGCGUCGACGUUCGUCCCCCGCACUGAUGGGCGCCUGCGCGCGCCCAUGGGCGCGCACAGCCGCGCUGCUAGGGCGCACCCCGGCCGCAGCGGCGCCGUGAAGGUCCGUGCCGAGAAGGUCGUCGGCAUCGACCUCGGCACCACCAACUCGGCCGUCGCCUGCAUGGAGGGUGGCAAGCCCACCAUCAUCACCAACGCGGAGGGCGCGCGUACCACGCCGUCCGUCGUGGCGUUCAACAAGCAGGGAGAGCGGCUCGUCGGCCAGGUGGCCAAGCGCCAGGCGGUGGUGAACCCGGAGAACACGUUCUUCUCGGUGAAGCGGUUCAUCGGCCGCAAGAUGUCGGAGGUGGCGGAGGAGUCGAAGCAGGUGCCGUACGAGGUGGUGGCCGUGGACGGCAACGUCAAGAUCAACUCGAAGAACGCGGGCAAGCAGUUCGCGCCCGAGGAGAUCUCCGCGCAGGUGCUGCGCAAGCUGUGCGAGGACGCGGGCAAGUUCCUGGGCGACGACAUCAAGCGCACGGUGAUCACGGUGCCGGCGUACUUCAACGACUCGCAGCGUCAGGCGACGAAGGACGCCGGCGCGAUUGCGGGCGUGGAGGUGCUGCGCAUCGUGAACGAGCCCACGGCGGCGUCGCUGGCGUACGGCCUGGACAAGAAGAGCAACGAGACGAUCCUGGUGUUCGACCUGGGCGGCGGCACGUUCGACGUGUCGGUGCUGGAGGUGGGCGACGGCGUGUUCGAGGUGCUGUCGACGUCGGGCGACACGCACCUGGGCGGCGACGACUUCGACAACCGCGUGGUCAAGUGGCUGGCGGCGGAGUUCCAGAAGGACGAGGGCAUCGACCUGCUGAAGGACCGGCAGGCGCUGCAGCGGCUGAUGGAGGCCGGCGAGAAGGCCAAGAUUGAGCUGUCGAGCAGCAGCAGCAGCAACAUCUCGCUGCCCUUCAUCACCGCGACCGCGGACGGCCCGAAGCACAUCGAGCAGGACCUCACGCGCGCCAAGUUCGAGGAGAUCUGCUCGGACCUGAUCGACCGGUGCAAGCGCCCCGUGGAGUCGGCGCUCAAGGACGCGGGCCUGUCGCUGUCCGACAUCAACGAGGUCAUCCUGGUCGGCGGGUCGACGCGCAUCCCCGCGGUGCAGGAGCUGGUGAAGAAGAUGACGGGCAAGACGCCCAACAUGACGGUGAACCCGGACGAGGUGGUGGCGCUCGGCGCGGCCGUGCAGGCGGGCGUCCUGGCGGGCGAGGUGCAGGACAUCGUGCUGCUCGACGUGACGCCGCUGUCGCUCGGCGUGGAGACGCUCGGCGGCGUGAUGACCAAGCUCAUCCCGCGCAACACGACCAUCCCGGCGUCGAAGUCGGAGGUGUUCUCGACGGCGGCGGACGGGCAGUCGUCGGUGGAGAUCAACGUGCUGCAGGGCGAGCGCGAGUUCGUCAAGGACAACAAGUCGCUGGGCAACUUCCGCCUGGACGGCAUCCCGCCGGCCCCGCGCGGCGUGCCGCAGAUCGAGGUGAAGUUCGACAUUGACGCCAACGGCAUCCUGUCGGUGUCGGCGACGGACAAGGGCUCGGGCAAGAGCGCGGACAUCCAGAUCACGGGCGCGUCGACGCUGAGCGAGGAGGAGGUGGAGCAGAUGGUGCAGAACGCGGAGGCGUUCGCGGAGGAGGACAAGAAGCGGCGCGAGGCGGUGGACACGAAGAACGAGGCGGACUCGAUGGUGUACCAGACGCGGAAGCAGGUGAAGGAGGUGGAGGACAAGGUGCCGCAGGAGACGCGGGACAAGAUCGAGGGCAUGGUGAAGGAGCUGGAGGCCAAGAUCCAGGAGGACGACGUGGAGGGCAUGAAGGCGGCGAUGAACACGCUGCGCGAGGAGACCAUGGCCAUGGGCAAGGCCAUGUACGAGCAGCAGGCCGCCGCGCAGGGCGGCGCCGCGCCGGGCGGGGAGGGCAAGGCCCCGGGCGGCGAGAAGGGCGGCGACGACGACAACGUCGUGGACGCGGACUUCACCGACAGCAAGUAG